GUGGUCCACACUCCACUCCACUUUUUUUGAUUUUGUUAAAGUACUUUUCGUGAGAUGAAUUGGCCAUUAUCUUUCUGGCGUGGGAGAAAGAUUCCAGUGAAAUUGUGAACACGUUAAUGUUAUAGUCGAAAUGACGGUAUGGAACUUCUAGCUAAAAUCUUUCUGAGAACGUCGGACACAUCUGAUGUAAACAUUUUUGUGCAAGUACUAGCUCAACAUCUCUAUACCUAUCUAUUGGUUUAGUUCGAUCCUGAAGAAACAUUAUUGUGCGCUGUUUUCAACUAGUUUUCAAUGUCGCAAUGUCUUUUAACAGAAAAUGUAGUGUAUUCGAGAAAUCUGUGUGUUAUAAGUACAAAAAAAUUGAACCAAUCUUAUGGGCCAGUGUUUCAGUUGUGGAGUGUCCCAGGAUAGAUUUCAGGAUAAAGAUAAUGGACUCUUCAAAGAACAAACACAACCUGUGUCUUCAAUAAAUACAUGUGAAGAAUAUUCUACGGGCCACAUAAAAGGACAAUCUUCUGAUAUUGCAGAAAACAUAAUGAGCACCUCAUUUUCUACUAUGAACAUUAAUAAUCCUAUCAAGGAACUUGUUAGCAAAAGGAGGAAUAGGUACAAAAAAGAUGGUUUCAAUUUGGAUUUAACCUACAUAACCGACACCAUAAUCGCGAUGGGCUACCCCGCCUCGAACAUCGAAAGCGUCUACCGGAACCACAUCGACGACGUCGUCAAGUUCCUCGACGGUAAGCACAAGGACCGCUACUACAUCUACAACCUGUGCUCGGAGCGUAGUUACGACAAAGCGAAGUUCCACAACCGCGUCAAGGUGUUCCCCUUCGACGAUCACAACCCGCCCAAGGUCGAGGCCAUCCGGCCCUUCUGCGAGGACGUCGAAGAGUGGCUGAAGGGCGACGAGGAGAAUGUGGCCGUGGUGCAUUGCAAAGCCGGCAAAGGCAGGACGGGCACCAUGAUAUGCUGCUACCUGUUGCACGUCGGCAUGUUCUCUCACGCCCACGAUGCCCUCACUUACUAUGGGCAGAAGAGGGCGCAGGACAAAAAGGGCGUUACGAUACCGAGCCAGGUGCGCUACGUGGAGUACUACGAGGCGCUGGUGCGCCGUCGGCUGUGCUACGUACCUACGUCAGUGUAUAUAAAGGAGUUCGUGCUGGAUCCGGUGCCGAACUUUGGGGGCGGACAGGCGUGUCUUUCGUUCUCGAUCUCGCACCAGACGGUGUUCCAGGAGGGCGGCCACGUGACGCAAAAGUGCAAGAAGCUGCGCAAGAAUGACAUGUACGAGGUGAAGCGAAACGACGCGCCGUUCUCGAUCAAGCUCGACUACUGUCUGCCGCUGACCGGCGACAUCAAAGUGGAGUUCUACAAUAAGACGAUGAUGCGGAAAGAGAAGCUGUUCCAGUUCUGGUUCAACACGUUCUUCGUGGGCGACUAUCUGAACGGGGGCGAACGGUCGGUGGUAGGAGGCGAGGAUCUCUGUUACAGUUUGUCGUUCGAGAAAAACGAGUUGGAUAUCGUGAAUAAGAAGGACAAGCAGAAUAAAGUAUUCCACGCCAGCUUCAAGCUGACGCUGCUCCUGCAAAGGAUCCCGCGCGACGAGUGCUGCACCUCCGCGUACGAGCGGCAUUCGCAACUGCAAGACACGCCCAGCGAGAGCUCGGCCGACUCCUCCGACGAUUACACGAACGAGGAGGACGACUACGACAGCGGAGAGGGAAACUCGCUUCUGCCCGGUAAACCUGACCAUGCCUGUGAUGUUAUACACAAAAGUUGAUCUUCGAUCAUUAUUAUUUAAUUUAACGAUCUUACUACCUACUGUAAAAAGUCUGUUGAGUUGUACAUUUAUCUCUGUACUGUAAAUAGUACCAAGGG